AUGAUGGCCAUCACGGGCAUUUCGACAAUGAUUUUGAGGAUGAAGACGAGAUUGGCUAGCAUCGCGCGUGGGGGCGAGGUGAUGAUUCUCCGCGACGGCAUGAGGGUUUCGUUGAACACUUACUCACCUUCUCAAUUUCCGAUCAGGAACCAUUUUUUGUUAUUUUAUCACAUCUGCGCCUGCUCUUCUUCUCGCUCGUACGUUUCUAUUAUCAUCGGUGGCCGUUGGUUCGGAUUGGGCUGUACGAUGCCGCAUCAGGUGGUGAGUGUGAGGCGGGAGGCAGUGGCGCCAUGCAUGACUUGCCCUCUCUGCUACAAGCUCAUUCGCGAGGCCACCACAGUUAUCGAGUGCCUCCACACGUUUUGCAGGAAAUGUAUACACAAGAAUCUAUCAGACGAGGAGAUGGAAUGCUGCCCGGUAUGCAGCAUUGAUUUGGGUUGUUCUCCAUUGGAGAAGCUGAGGCCGGAUCAUAAUCUGCAAGACGUGAGGGGAAAAAUAUUCCCUUACAAAAGAAUAAAGGCGAGGGCCUCGGACAUCGUGCCACCAGUCACAUUGCCUGCAAAGAGAAAAGAAAGGUCUCUCUCGUCGUUGGGGGUCAGCACCCCACGUGUGUCUUCACAGGGUGGGUUGACUGGCAGAAGGUCCAAGUCCACCGCAAGAAAGGCUUCCUCGAAGGGCACAAAUUUCACGAGUGAGAGACCCAUGAAAAGGGAAGAUGACUCCAUGGACGAGCAGCCUGAGAGCUCUGGCUCGCCCGACACUCUGAGGAGAUAUACUCAGAACAUUAGGCAGUGCUCUGCUUCUGGUGAGCCAUCCAAUCGGCACAGUCCUGAUAUGAAGAGGGAGGAUCAGUCGGGGGCUUGGGAAGAAGGGAAAGUUGACCUUUGGAAGCCUUUAAACUGUUUAGUGGAGGCAGCAAGCAGGACCAAGCCAUUAAAGCUCAACGCUCAAGGGCCUAGUGGUAAAUCAGAAGCUCGUGAAAGUGAGGGGCAGGUCAGUAAAUCCAAGAGUAGAGAGCACAGGCAAAAAGCAAAAGCUCAGGAAGAGAAUGCUGAGGACCAUACUCCUCCCGAGCCCGGAAGGCCCAAGAAGAUGCGGAGGGCCCGUCAAAAAAAGGCACAGAAUUAUGGAGAAUCUAUGGUUUCCCCACAGGCCGUGCUUGAUGCUGCCAGUACAAAAUCCGAGCGUAAAAGUUGCCCGAUUUGGUUUUCACUGGUCUCAGACGAAAAGGAAGGAAAUGCACUAUCCUUGCCUCAAAUUCCUGCAAAUUAUUUGAGAAUAAAGGAUGGGAGCAUACCAGUUUCUUUUGUUCAAAAGUACGUGAAGAUGAAGUUAAAUCUUCCGAGUGAAGAUGAGGUCGAGAUCAAGUGCAUGGGCCAGAAAGUGUGCCCCACAUGCCCCCUGCAUAAUGUGGUUGAUAUGUGGCUUCAAACCACGACAACUGACCGAGUGGCGGCCACAAUCGGGUCAUCGGCCAAGGAGUUUGUGAUGGUGCUUGGCUAUUCACGUAAAGCUCCCGAUUCUUGA